AUGCCUGGAUUUUCUACUGAAGAUUGUGGCUCAACACUCCAUAAUACGAGAUUCAACAAGAACAAGAGAAAACAACAAGCAAUGGACGCCCAAGAGACCCUCGGUGAGAAGGGGAACGGGAAGGAGAAAGUGACCAAGAACAACAAGAAGAGGCGGCUGGAGAGCCUCGAAGACUGCACCAGCCACGAGAAGACGGUCACUGAAGGCUGUGCAGAGAUGAAACACCGUGCCAAAAGAAGCAAGGGAGGAGAUGAGAGCCGCACGAAGAAAGCGGAUCGUGAGCAAGAAGUUUCGAAACAUAAUAAGAAUAAGAAAGUGGAUGGCGUUGAAGGGGUUACGGAACACAAAAUUCAGAGGCACGGGAAUGACAUCAAAGACAAGAAAACGAUGAGUACUGAAUGUUUUUAUCCGAUUAUGGACCGCACCAAGAGGAAGAGGCAGAAUAACGACGAUGACGAGAAGCAGGACAAGAGAAAGAAGCACGACACGGAGGAAACGAAAAACCAGGACAAGAAGAGGAAGAGGCAGGUCAAGGAGGACGACGAGAAGGAAGACAAGAAGAGGAAGAGGCAGGUUAAGGAGGAAGACGAGAAGCAGGGCAAGAAGAGGAAGAGGCAGGUUAAGGACGACGACGCGAAGCAGGACAACAAGAGGCAGAGGCAGGACACGAAGGACGAUGAGAAGAAGGACAAGAAGAGGAAGAGGCAGGACGCGGAGGACGACGAGAAGCAGGCAAAGAAGAGCAAGGGAGAGGGCAGGAGAGAACGAAAGAAGGGGGGAAGAUGGAGUGCUGUCAAUGCGUUAAGCACGGCAUCAAGAGAUGGAAGAUGA